GUACCAGAAGAUGUUUCAGUGGUGAUACCUCUUUCACAACGGAAGUUAUGAACGAAAUUCAUUAACUAACGUCCCCUUCCUCACCCUGAUCUCUGAUAGACUUCCUGUAACACUUGGAAGAAAGGGUCAGGGGAGAAGGGUUGAAGACCACCAUGAAGCUAAAGCAGCGGGUUGUGCUGUUGGCCAUCCUCCUCGUCAUCUUCAUUUUCACAAAAGUUUUCCUCAUCGACAACUUGGACACCUCAGCUGCCAACCGGGAGGACCAGCGCGCCUUUCACCGGAUGAUGGCCAGCCUCCACGUGGAGCUGGAUCCCCGCCUCGACCACACCUUGCAGUCCCCUUGGGAGAUUGCAGCCCAGUGGGUAGUGCCCCGGGAGGUGUAUCCCGAGGAGACGCCCGAGCUGGGGGCUGUUAUGCACGCCAUGACAACAAAGAAAAUAGUAAAAGCUGAUGUGGGAUACAAAGGGACCCAGCUGAAAGCUUUGCUCAUACUUGAAGGAGGACAGAAGGUUGUCUUCAAACCCAAGAGGUAUGCCAGGGAUUAUGUAGUGGAGGGAGAACCAUACGCUGGCUAUGACAGACACAACGCAGAAGUGGCAGCCUUUCACUUGGAUAGAAUUCUGGGUUUCCGAAGAGCUCCACUAGUGGUUGGCAGGUUCGUGAAUCUACGUACAGAGAUCAAGCCUGUAGCCACAGAGCAGCUUCUGGGCACCUUCAUGACUGUGGGUAAUAACACUUGCUUCUAUGGGAAGUGCUACUACUGUCGGGAAACAGAACCAGCUUGUGCAGAUGGGGACAUCAUGGAGGGAUCAGUGACUCUGUGGCUGCCAGAUGUCUGGCCUCUUCAGAAACACCGGCACCCAUGGGGUAGGACUUACCGUGAAGGCAAACUUGCCAGAUGGGAGUAUGAUGAAAGCUACUGUGAUGCUGUGAAGAAGACUUCACCAUAUGACUCGGGUCCUCGUCUCCUUGAUAUCAUUGACACUGCCAUCUUUGACUAUUUGAUUGGGAAUGCUGACCGGCAUCACUAUGAGAGUUUCCAGGAUGAUGAAGGAGCCAGUAUGCUCAUCCUCCUGGAUAAUGCCAAAAGCUUUGGAAACCCCGCCCUGGAUGAAAGAAGCAUCUUGGCUCCUCUUUAUCAGUGCUGCAUCAUCCGGGUUUCCACCUGGAACAGACUCAAUUACCUGAAGAAUGGAGUACUGAAGUCUGCCUUAAAAACUGCUAUGUCGCAUGACCCCAUCUCACCAGUGCUUUCUGACCCUCAUCUGGAUGCCCUAGACCAGCGGCUUCUCAGCAUUCUGGCUACAGUGAAGCAGUGCACGGACCAGUUUGGGCCAGAGGUCGUGCUGGUGGAAGACAGGAUGACUCUGUCUCAUUUGUAAUGGUAGUGGAACACCAAGGAAACUCCUUUUAAAAAAAAAAAAAAAAAAAAAAAAAGUGAUAGAAAAACAGCACAAUCGGUUUGGAAAGGCUGUGGCCAAGAUGGACUGAAAUGAACAGGAAGGCUGCUGAGCCAGAGGAAGGAGGUGACAACUGGCCUCACUGGCUUCUCCCUUGGGCUGAGAGCAGCAGGAGGUGGGGAGCUGGAGCCCUGGGGGGCUCGGUGCCCGCGACGGCGUCGUGGCUGCCGUGGUGUGUCCAUUGCCGGCAGUGGACAUUGCGCUGGGGAAGCGUGGCUCUUGG